AAGGAGUUCAGUCAAAACGCUGGCACUUUCAGACGCGAGAAUAAACGUUGAGGAACUAACUAUCUGUUGUGUCCGACAAUAAUAGUGGCCAUCAAAAAUGGCAGCAUACACACUACCGGAGGGAUUCUCCGAUUUUGACAUGUUUGCAUUCGGUUCAGCUCUUCUUGUUGGGGGUCUUGUGGGAUUCUUCCUCAACACCGUUUCAAUACUGGCCUAUAUUAGCGUAAAGCAAAUGCGAACUCCCAGUAAUUUCCUUGUCUUUAACCUCGCCGUGGCUGACAUUAUGCUCAAUACAACCGGCCUGAUCGCUGCAUACGCCAGCUUAUCGUACAGACACUGGCCCUGGGGUCAAGACGGAUGUAGCAACCACGCCGUCAUAGGGAUGACAGCGGUUCUGGCCUCUAUCAGUUUCCUGGCUACCAUCGCCUGGGACAGAUAUCACCAAUAUGUCACCAAUCAGAAGCUGUUUUGGAGCACGGCCUGGACUUUUUCUAUCAUUAUCUGGGGGUUGGCCAUCUUCUGGGCGGCCGUCCCUCUGACUGGAUGGGGAGUGUAUGACUUUGAGCCAAUGAGGACGUGCUGCACUCUAGACUACACCAAAGGAGACAAGGACUACAUUACCUAUAUGGGGGCCCUGACGGUCUUCUACCUUAUCUUCCCUGCUUAUGUCAUGAAGUCCAACUACGAUGCCAUUUACGCAUACUUCAAGAAGAUCCACAAGCACAGGUGGAACACCAGCGUACCACUGAGGGUUCUGUUGUUCUGCUGGGGACCCUACGAAGUCAUGUGUAUCUACGCCUGCUUUGCCAACGCCAAACUGGUCUCUCCAAAGCUGAGAAUGUUGCUUCCUGUUUUGGCGAAAAUGAACCCUAUUUUCAAUGCUUGGCUCUAUUCCUUUGGGAACGAGUUCUACAGAGGAGGGGUGUGGCAGUUCCUGACUGGCCAGAAGUUUACAGAGCCCGUCGUUGUGAAGUUAAAAGGAAGAUAAAGGAAGUUAUUGUUAGUUACAGUCAUAUAAUUAGAAUGGUCCGAGUUUCUAUGCCCAUUUUACUCAUUUGAAUUCUAUGGUUACAGUACCAUACAUAGAAUUAGAAUGUUCCAUGUUCCAUUCUACUCAUUCUACUUCUAUGGUUACAGUACCAUACAUAGAAUUAGAAUGUUCCACGUUCCAUUCUACUCAUUCUACUUCUAUGGUUACAGUACCAUACAUAGAAUUAGAAUGUUCCACGUUCCAUUCUACUCAUUCUAAUUCUAUGGUUACAGUACCAUACAUAGAAUUAGAAUGUUCCAUGUUCCAUUCUACUCAUUCUAAUUCUAUGGUUACAGUACCAUACAUAGAAUUAGAAUGUUCCAUGUUCCAUUCUACUCAUUCUAAUUAUAUGGUUACAGUACCAUACAUAGAAUUACAAUGUUCCAUGUUCCAUUCUACUCAUUCUAAUUCUAUGGUUACAGUACCGUACAUAGAAUUAGAAUGUUCCAUGUUCCAUUCUACUCAUUCUAAUUAUAUGGUUACAGUACCAUACAGGCCAUAGAAUUAGAAUGUUCCAUGUUCCAUUCAACCAUUCGAAUU